AAUUCCAGCUCCAGCCAGUCCGCCGACACGCGUCGGGCGGAGAACGCGUAUUCCAAUUUCGAAUUCGAAAAUAACAUAUCGAAUAUUAUUACGAUAAGCGCGCCAAGAUCUUGUUGGAAACUGUUUUAUUUUAUUUUGUGCAUUAAAUUUUUUUUUAGUAUUCGGAAUCGUUAAAAAAACAAAUAAAUAUCGCGGGUGACUAGAUUCGAAUAGUAAAAUUGAGAUUCAAUUAAUUCUCACUAGCGAGGAAAGUUUUAUUAAACAUGAUAAAGCCGAGAUUUGCUUUCGCGCUUCUGCUAAUAUGCAUAGUGUCCGUGACGAUAGCAGUGGUGCCGCUGUCGUCUAGCUCAAAUGAAAUCAACCAAUUGUAUAAAAGAAAAUUACCAAGCAACGGAGGCGCAUUGUACCCACGUGCUACAGAAACCAGGGACUUAAGAACCCUAGAUGGGAUAUGGAGUUUUCGGCCAUCGCCUGCCGACCCAGAAUUCGGCUAUAGAAAUGGCUGGUAUGCGCAAGAUCUUGAAAAGACAGGCUCUGUGAUACACAUGCCUGUGCCUUCUUCAUAUAAUGACGUGGGUGAGGAUGCCUCUCUUCGGGACCAUGUAGGCUUAGUGUGGUACGACAGGAGGUUCCACGUUCCGCCGUGGUGGCAGACGGCGAAACAACGGGUCUGGCUGAGAUUCAGCAGCGUUCACUAUGCCGCCGAAGUGUUUGUAAACGGCAAAUCAGUGACAUAUCACGAGAUAGGUCACUUACCGUUCGAAGUAGAGAUCACGGAUGUAGUGAAUUACAAUACGAGCAAUCUCCUCACUGUUGCGGUCGACAACACCCUACUAAGCGAUACUGUACCACAGGGAUAUGUCAAACAAAUUAUUGAUUUUGAUAAGGUGCGACAGGAGCAGACAUACACGUUUGACUUUUUCAAUUACGCUGGUAUUCAUAGGACUGUAUUUUUAUAUUCAACGCCUCAAGUUUAUAUUGACGAUGUUAUUGUUAACACCGACAUUCAAGGAUUCACAGGAUUCGUGGUAUACAACGUAACUCACAAGGGGCCGACCACAGAAGACGUUCUCUGCCUCAUUCAAGUGUUCGAUAAGUCGGACACACAAGUCGUGGCCUCAAACGAGUGCGCCGGUCUAUUGGAAAUAGCGAAUGCUAGAUUCUGGUGGCCUUACCUCAUGAACCCCGAGCCGGGAUACUUGUACACUUUUAGGGCUUCUCUAAUAAGUAGACGCGGAGAUAUAAUCGACACUUACAGUCAGAAGAUCGGUAUUAGAACGGUCACGUGGACAAACACAACCAUAUACUUGAAUUCGAAACCAUUAUAUCUGAAGGGAUUUGGGAUGCACGAAGACUCGGAUCUCAGAGGCAAAGGAUGGGACCCAGUUUUGUGGGUGAAGAACUUUAACUUGAUCAAAUGGAUCGGAGCGAACGCGUUCCGAACAUCGCAUUAUCCGUACGCUGAGGAAAUAUACCAGUUGGCCGACGAAUAUGGGAUAAUGAUCAUUGAUGAGUGUCCCAGCGGAGACACAGACAUUUUCACGCAGUCUCUACUGAAUAAGCACAAACAAUCACUGACGGAGCUCAUCAGACGCGACAAGAAUCACCCGAGCGUCAUCAUGUGGUCCAUCUCCAACGAGCCGCGGUCUGCCAAACAACAGGCCGAUGCCUAUUUCGCUGAAGUAGUGAAACACGUGAAGUCCAUGGACCUCUCCAGACCCGUCACCAUCGCGAUCUCGCAAUACUACAACACCGAUAGAGCAGGACAACACUUAGACGUCAUCUGCUUCAACCGUUACAACGGCUGGUACCAAAACACCGGCGACUUGAACUACAUCGUCAGUAAGGUGGUGGAAGAAGCCACCGAGUUCCACCGGCGACACAACAAGCCGGUCAUCAUGACCGAAUAUGGCGCUGACACUGUUGCCGGCCUACACUUUAUUCCAGAAUAUGUGUGGUCUGAAGAAUAUCAAGUGGCGCUGAUGUCAGAACAUUUCAAAGCGUUCGAUAAGCUGAGACAGACCGGCUUCUUUGCUGGCGAGUUCAUAUGGAAUUUCGCGGAUUUCAAAACAGCGCAAACAAUAACCCGCGUCGGCGGCAACAGGAAAGGUAUAUUCACUCGGUCGCGACAGCCUAAAGCGUCCGCGCAUCACCUCCGCACGCGCUAUCUGUCGCUCGCAGUCGCCGACGGCGCCGUCAAUAUACCGGACCCCACGUACUACAUCUCCGACAACAAGCCCAUCCUACACGAAGAUCUAUAAUUUAUGCCCCAAAUAUCACAUUACGAUACAAAUACAUUUAUUAUCCAACUGAAUAAUUUAUCAUUAGCGUAACUAAGUAAAAGAACUCACGCUGACGCUUAUGUGUAUAAUCUGUGGCUGACGCACUAAAAAUUCAGAAUAGAAUUUCGUUUGCCCGAACAGCGCCCGCUCGUGCGUACGUUUGGCCGGAUUUGGCAGAUAUAAACGCCUGCAUUUAAUAUUCUACAAUAACAAAUUUUGUUAAUUUUUACAAGUUCAAUACAAUGUACUUGAUAAUCAAACAGAACCGAGGGAGUUUAUUUGUUAAAAUUACCGAAUCUAUUAAUACAAUGUGAUUUCUACUAUGAGGAAAAUUCUAUCGUGUAGAAAGGCACGAACUCAAGACAUGAACUCGUAUUAAAUUUACUACAUUUUAUCUAUCAAAGAGAGCACUGACCUGGAAAGUGUCUGGAAAAAGGAAGAGAGGCCACCCUAGAACAACUUGGCGUCGCU